AUGAUUGCUUCUACUAGUACCAGCAUGUUCAUAAUACAUGUGGUUGUGCUACUGCUGACGAGUGGCGACCCUAGUCCUGGAAGAAUAACGGUACGAGAGAGCGACGAUGCCGAACUACAUGCAGCUUGCCUCCCAAGACGGACCCUGCUGGUGGACGUUGCGACCAUAGCCACAGCGACACUUUCGCUUGGCACCAGUGCUCAUGCAAAAGAUGAUGCUAAAGGAGACGGUUCCACUGCCGUUGGCACUCUACCGUAUGCCAAGACGGAAGCGCUGCUUCCCGCUGUCCGAGUCAAACUGUGGAUUGACAAAGUUCUAGAGCUCACCAAGGAGUUACUACAGCAGCAGCAAACAACAAGCAAAGCAGACACGUCAACACAACAAGAUGCGAUCCAACAGCAACUGGACGCGCUUCUGAUGCAGCCCCAGAACUUUGGUACUAACGGUGUCAAUCCCAUUCCCAAUCAACCCGGCAAACCGUACUUGGACGCCUAUCGCACCGGUCGAUCCCAACUCAAUCUCCUCGCUCGACCGGGUGCCGCGUUGGUGCAAAAUGGAGAAAUCAAUGCCUGGAAACGACUCAAACGACAAGAGCAGCAACGUGAAAAGGACGACGAACUUCGAGCCGCCUUCAAUACGUACACCACAUCCCUCAAUUUCGCCGCCGACAAGUACGUCCUCAAUGUCGAUUCCUCGACCCGCUCGCAAAUGAUUCGAUCCGAAUCGUUGCCCGAUGUCAAACAAGUCAUUGCCUCGGACAUGGGAUUGCGAUAUCUGUAUCGAAACCAAGUACUGUCUGCCGUUGCCGAUGCCAAGGCUGAGUGGGAGUACCAACAACGACAAGAACAACCACAGCCACGGGACUACACCGAGCUCAUUGCCCUGUUGGAACAGGCUCAGACCGCCUGCAACAAGUGGUUCUCGUUGAUUGAUGCCAAGGAUGUACAAGAUGCCAUGGAUAACGCUGCUGCAUACUAG